AUGCACACCAAAGCUCUUCUCCUCGCCUCCAUCCCUGCGGCCACGGCUGCCGAGACUAUCCUCGGAGCCUACAUCUUCAGCCGUCACGGUGACCGUACCACCAAGGCCUACUCCCCAACGAAGCUCACUGCUCUCGGUGCCGAGCAAGUCUACCGCUCCGGCUCCUGGUACCGCUCCCGCUACAUCGACGAGAAGUCCUCCACCCGCAUCAACGGCAUCUCUUCCGACCUCGCCGAUCUUACCGAGCUUUCCGUCACUGCUCCCGUCGACAAUGUUCUCCAGGGUAGCGCCGGCAUCUUCCUCCAGGGCUUGUACCCUCCUGCUGGCUCUGUCAACUCUCAGAAGCUCGCUAAUGGCACCACCAUUGAGGCUCCUCUGAGCGGAUACCAGUACAUUCCCGUCAACACUGCGGCGGCGGCGAGCAGCGCCCAGUCUGAGUCCAAUGCCUGGUUACAGGGAAACAGCGGGUGCCCGGCUGCCGUGAACAGCAGUCAGGCGUACUUCCAGAGCAAGGAGUACUUCGAGCUUCUGGAGAGCACCAAGGAGUUCUACCAGAACUUGCUGCCCGUUUAUGAGUCGACCUUUUCCAGCGAGAAGGCCACCUUCAAGAACGCUUACAGCCUCUACGACUACAUCCACGUCUCCACCAUUCACAACGCCUCCAUCCCCUCCUCCGACCUCCUCGCCCCUUCCACCCUCCAAACCCUCUCCGACCUCGCCAACAUCCACGAGUUCGGCCUCGCCUACAACGCCUCCUCGCCCAUCCGCGCCGUCGCCGGCUCCGUCCUGGCCUCGCACAUCGUCUCCACCCUCAAGUCCUCCAUCUCCUCUUCCUCAUCUCAAAAGCUCAACAUCCAGUUCGGCCCCUACGGCACUUUCGCCUCCUUCUUCGGCCUCUCCCAGCUGUCCGCCGUGUCGCAGGACUUCACUUCCAUCGUCGAUUACGCCAGCUCCAUGACUUUCGAGCUGUUCACCAAGUCCGCUUCCUCUUCCACCCCUGACGAGGAUGAGGUCUUUGUCCGCUUCUUGUUCGCCAACGGCACUGCCUCCGAUAGCAACCCCGCCAAGGCCUACCCCAUUUUCGGGCAGGACAAGACGGAGUUUCCAUGGACUACGUUCGUGGCUGAGAUGAACAAGAUUGCGCUCGAGGGUGGCAGCAAGGAGUGGUGCGAGGCUUGUGGGGAGAAGACCGGGCAGUGCGCUGCUUAUUACCCUGCCGAGGAGAGUGCGAGCGUUAGUGAGGCCAAGAAGGGUGGUAUGAGCAAUGCUGUUGCUGGUGUCAUUGGUGCUAUGGUUACGCUUGGUGUUGUGCUUAGUCUGCAGGCUCUGAUUUUGGGCGUUGGUGGACUGAGGUUGACUAAGAGGAGAAAGCAGCAGCCACAGGGUACCAGCGAGGUUUUCCAGGUGCCGGCUCGCAAGAGCAGCUUGUCGGAUACUUUGAGUGUUCAGAAGGUUUAA